AUGAAUGGCAUUUUGUCUGUUUUAGACACGUUAUCCCACGCCAGAAGAAAUGCCGAAGUAGUGGUGAAAUACUCGACAGCCUACCCGUUCAGGUUGCCAGAGAACUCGCUUAUGUGCGUGUACUGCUGCGAAAUGUACACCGACACAGCACAGUUCAGAUCUCACAUGCACGAUGAACAUCAGACUUUUAAAGUAGAAACAGCUUUCGCGCACUGCAAUGAGGGAUACUUGAAAGCUGAUUGCACAGACCUCAAGUGCAGAAUCUGUUGGGAAGCAUUUAAAAAGUUAGACGAUGUCGCGAAACAUAUUAACGAUGUCCAUAAUAUUGAAAUACUAUUUGAAUUUCACAUUGGCAUACAACCUUUUAAGUUCGAUGAUGAAAAGCUUUUAUGCGGUAUAUGUGAUAGGAAUUUCCCUUGUCUCCGUCAACUUAGUCGUCACAUGACAUGCCAUUACCAGAACUAUACUUGCGAAGAGUGCGGGAAGUCUUAUACUACAAACAGCUCUCUACAACAGCAUAUUAGAUUUUCGCAUAUAUCAAACAAAAGGAUAUGCAGAAGGUGUAAAAAGACGUUUAAUUCGUUGGUAGAUAAAAGGGAACAUGUUAAAUCUUCAUCAAAAUGUUGGGCUUAUCAAUGCUCUAUUUGUGGUGUACGAUUUAUGACAUGGACUAUGAAAGAACAGCAUUUAGAGAAAGUUCACGGACAUGCAAAAAAGACACACAAGUGUCCCGAAUGCGCAACAAUAUUCUUGACCAGGAACGCUUAUAGAAAUCAUUUUGCAACAAUCCACGCGGGAAUUAAUUUCGUUUGCUCGUAUUGUGUUACCGAUCCAGUCAGUAGCAAGCAAAUGGCAAAACGGAACGCUCAACUUGUGUUGCAAUACUCAACGGCUUAUCCGUUCAGAACGCGGGGCAACUUGAUGCUUUGCGUUUAUUGUUGCGAGGAAUACGCUGAUCCAAAAGACUAUCGCAGUCACAUGGAUAGGACGCACGAAUCUUUUACAAUAAGCACCGCUUUUGCUCACGUCGGGAGAAGCAAGGAAUAUCUUAAAGUGGAUCUGAGCGAUUUAAAAUGUCGAUUAUGUUUAACUCCGUGUAAUAAUUUAGAAGAAAUAGCACUUCAUAUUCGUAAUCAUCACGGGAUCAAUAACAUUGAUACGAAUUUUGACAUCGGGAUGCAUCCCUAUAAAAUAGACAUUGAUAGGUGGUCGUGUUUCCUAUGCAACAAAAAAAUGGCAUCCCUAACUAAAUUAUGCAGACACACUACUUGUCAUUACCAAAAAUAUACCUGCGAUGUGUGUGGUAGAAGUUAUUUGACCUACGAGGCUUUGAAAUACCACAUACGUUGCAGUCAUUCUGGUAACUAUGUAUGUAGAAAAUGUUGGACAGAUUUUCCCACGCUUGAAAAGAAAAGGGAGCAUGUAAAGAAUUCCAAGGCGUGCUGGGGAUUUAUCUGUCUUAGUUGCGGAGAAAGAUUUAAGUCCUGGGAAAGUAAACAGAGGCAUCUAGUCGAUGUCCACGGUGCUCCAAAAAAAAUGUUUACAUGUCCGGACUGCGAGGAAACCUUUGACAGUCGAAAACAUUUCUAUAAUCAUUUCAAAUUAAACCACAGCGACGAGACUUUCGUGUGUUCUUGUUGCGGACUUAAAUUCACAACAAAAUCACAGUUAGAAGAGCACAGAUCCUGCCACACCGGGGAGAAACCCUACCGAAACACAUUGGAAAUUCGUGGACGUAGGGAGAAUGAGAGUGAGAAAAAGAAAAUUGUACUCGUUUAUCAAACUCCUCAGCGUCGUAACGCAGAAUUAAUUUUAAGGCAUUCGACUGCUUACCCGUUUAAAACGCGAUUUAGUCAAAUUUUAUGCGCCUAUUGUCAUGACGAAUACAAUACAUUAUCAUCUCUCAGAUAUCAUAUGAAAAAUGAACACAAAACAUCCGAUUUUAAAAACGUUUUCUAUAGAACUAAAGAUAAUUUAAUAAAAGUUGAUAUAACUAAUUUGAAAUGCAAUAUUUGUAAUGAAAGCAUACAGGAUAUUGAUACUUUAAUGGGUCAUUUGUCCAGAGAACAUAAUAAACCAGUGAAAUUCAAUUCUCGAUUUGGUGUGUUGCCUUACAAACAAAAUGUAUCCGAUCAUUGGGUUUGCGUUUACUGUCAAAGGACUUAUAUAGAAUUUGUUCAAUUCAAACGUCAUAUAGCAUCACAUUUCAUGAACUUCAGCUGUGACAAGUGCGGAACGACCUUUAUAUCGGAUCAUGCUUUACGAGAUCAUAGGCGACAGGUUAAAUGUUUCAGGACAGCGUAUAAACCUCGCAAUGGUAAAGUGAUGAGGCCAAGAAGUAAUGCUGAGAUCAUAUUGCAAUGUUCAACGGCCUGUCCCUUCAGGACAUGGAAAAGUAACUUUAACUGCGUGUUCUGUAGGGUACAAUCCAAUGAUCCUAGUAUACUUAGAAGUCAUGUAGCGACGAGACAUGAAAACUAUGACGUACAGGCAGCGUUCUAUAAAAAAUUAGGCAAAGAAUUCCUUAAGAUUGAUAUAACAGAUCUGCAGUGUAAGUUAUGCUUUAUGCCCAUAACUAAUUUUGAAAAUUUGACGUAUCAUUUAAUGAAUGAUCACCAACAGCCUAUAAACUCUGACGCCCAAUUAGGGGUGUUGCCAUUCCGACUUAACGAUGGUUCAGUUUGGAAGUGUACAAUGUGUCCAAAUGUUUUUAAAGAUUUUGUCUCUCUCAAUAAGCACACCUCAGAACAUUUCCAAAAUUACGUUUGCGAUACGUGUGGCGAAGGUUUUAUUACUGAAUCCGCCAUGAUUGCACACACCAAAGUUCCUCAUGAGAAUAAAUAUAGCUGUAGCCGUUGUGUAGCGACUUUUUGCGCGUUAGAGGAAAGGAACAUUCACGUUAAAACCCAGCAUACAUCCACUCCCUAUAUGUGUGUGUACUGUAAAGAUAAACCACGCUUCGCAAACUGGGAACUGCGAAAAAAACACUUGAUGGAAGUUCACAAUUAUAAGACAGGCGCUGAUAAAUAUGAAUGUGCAACUUGUCAGAAGUCGUUCAAGACACGACCCACGAAGGAUAUUGACGGACUCAAUGAGAAAGAGAGAAAACAAAAAAAGGGGUUAUUCGAAAGAUCCGUAAAACAUAACCCCCAGCGUCGUAACGCUGUUUUGGUUCUUAGACAUUCCACGGCUAUACCUUUUAAAACACGAUUCAAUAGAAUACUCUGCUCUUAUUGUCAUGAUGAAUUCCAGCCCAUGGAGGCUCUUAGAAUACAUAUUAAGGAGAAACACAUUAACGCUGACUUUAACAGUGCAUUUUAUAAGGUUGUAGAUGAUCUCAAAAUUGAUAUAAGCCAUUUCAAAUGUAAUUUAUGCUCGCGAGACAUUGAGAACGUUGAAACAUUUAUGAAUCAUUUAUCAGGGGAUCAUGGAAAGCCAGUUAAUUUUGAUGUACCUUUUGGUGUGUUGCCGUAUAGACAGAAUGAGACUGGUUCAUGGCUGUGCCUUCACUGUGAUAAAAUAUAUCCGGAAUUCUCCCAAAUAAACAGCCAUUUACGAACCCAUGCCAAAAUAUCUACUUGCGAUAAAUGCGGGGCGACUUUCCUUUCGGAGCACGGUCUAAAACAACAUGAACGAAAUUUUCAAUGCUAUAAAGCAACAUACAAACCUCGCUUCGGUAAAGCCUUGAAGCAUAAGUACAAUACUGAAAUUAUUUUACAAUGUUCAACAGCAUGUCCUUUCAGAACGUGGGGACAGAAUUUUAACUGUGUCUUUUGUAGAGUGCAAUCAAAUGAUCCCAAUGGGCUACGAGCUCAUAUGGCAUCCAGACAUGCAAACUUUGACAUACAACUCGUAUUUAGUAGGAAAUUAAGAAAGGAAUUUUUAAAAGUCGAUAUAACAGAUUUGCAAUGUAAACUUUGCUUCAUGCACAUUGACACUUUAGAUGAUUUAUUGACACAUCUCAAGAACGAUCACAAACAACCGGUUAACAUUGACGUUCAGCCGGGAGUAUUGCCAUUCAAAUUGAACGAUGGCUCUUGCUGGCAAUGUGCUAUAUGCAAAAUACAGUUCUCAGAUUUUAUAUCAUUAAAAAAACACACAGCCGAGCACUAUCAGAAUUACGUUUGCGAUACAUGCGGAGAGGGUUUUAUCACAGAAGUGGCACUGCGGGCACACACUAAAAUACCACAUGAUAACAAAUACACCUGCAGUAGAUGCGUCGCGACGUUCUCUACGUUAGAAGAGAGGAGUGUACAUAUAAAAACACAACACACAAAUCUACCUUACAUGUGUACUUAUUGCAAGGACAAACCGAGGUUCGCAACCUGGGAGCUGAGGAAACGGCAUUUAUAUGAGAUACAUAAUUAUAAAUCUGGGGCGGAAAUGUACGAGUGUACUACCUGUCACAUGAUGUUCAAAACGCGAUCUCAAAAAUAUCAUCAUAACGUUAAAGUUCAUAGGACGAAAAAGGAAAUAGAUUUUGGUUUCUCAUGCGGAAGAAGCAGAGAAACAGAAAAUGUCACUGACAUAAACAUACUCCAACAGUCACAUCUCGAUACAGAUAAUGACAUUAAAGUUGGAGAGAAACGAAAGUAUCAAAAGAGUGCUAGAUCCCAAGCCAGAUUCAUGACAAAGAAGAAUGCAAGCUCUAUUCUCGAAUGCUGGUCUGGAAUACCGUUCAGAUGGAAAAAAAAUAGAUUCAAAUGCGCCUAUUGUGAAGAAAAUUUUAAUGAGUGUUCGGAUUUGAGGGCGCACGUUAGAUUAUGUUCUAUCCAGAACAGUGUGGGUAGUAUAUUCAGUAAAUUUAAAGAAAUGACUCUCAUAAAUAUGGAUGUCAGUGAGGCUGUUUGUCGAAUAUGUUCUGAGCCAUUCAGAGAACUUGAUGGCAUGAGAGAGCACGUCAUUCGGCACGGUUACGAAUUAGAUAUAUCACAUCCGGAUGGUGUUAUCCCGUUUUGUCUCACAAAAGAAUCCUGGUCCUGUGUCUUAUGUCGUGAGACAUUCAAUAACUUUCUGAAACUUUACGAGCAUAUGAACACGCAUUAUCAGUACCACAUAUGUUCGAUAUGCGGGAAAGGUUACAUGACUGGACCGAGGCUAAGGAAACAUCUAGAAUUACAUAUAACAGGAACAUUUCCUUGCGAUAAAUGUAAGAAAGUUUUUACAAAACGCACAGGGAGAGACAAUCACAAAGCCUACGCCCACGCUAAAGGUCCGCGUUAUGAAUGCCCACAAUGUAAUAUGAGAUUUGAAGGUUAUUAUGAUCGAAUGAAUCAUUUGAAACAAGCUCAUAGAGAAAAGGAAGUGAAGUACGGGUGUUCACACUGUGAUCUAUCAUUUAAAACGAGCGGCAAGCGAGCCAUCCACGUUAAAACAGUUCAUUUUCCUCGUCAGAGUAAUUUUAGUUGCCCUUAUUGCAAAACCCUAUUCAAAACAGCCUUUGGUAUGAAACGUCACAUGGUAAAACAUAAUGGAGAAACGUGUACUGUUUGCGGUGAAAGUUUUACUAAGAGUAAAGCAUUAAAAGAACACUUGGCUGGUCACGCGGAUGGACUUCGAUGUAAAUGGUGUGGAAAUAGUUUUAAGGAAGCAGCACUUCUGUUGACACAUUUGCGGGAGAAACAUCCAGAAGUAGAUGAAUUGAUGAUGUCCGGACUAGUUAAUGUUUAG